GGCUCGGCCGGGAGGGGCCGGAGAUGGAGAUGGGGAUGAGGAUGGGCGGGGGGCUCGGGCCGGGGGACCCGGACAUGGGGGAGCUUGCCCUGAGGGAUUGAGACAGUGAGGGGCUGACAGGGCCCCCCAGCCCCCCACGGAUCACUGCUCACUGCAGGGGCUCUCCUGGGAAACACAGCAGCUGCCUUGGGAGGCAGGGAGCGCCAGGACAUCAGCCAAGGCCACUGGGACAGGGCUGUGUGAGCUGUGCCACCCCCCAGCACUGCCCCAGGGAGGGGCCUGAGCCAGACCUUUGCUUCCGUGAAAAAUGCCAUAUGGAGCCUGCGGCCUCACAUGAUCCUUGGCUGGGCAACCACUUGGCAAGGAGAGUGUGUCCCUCUCCAUAAAUGCAGGUGCAAAUCCUUCUCCUUCCAGAGUCCUUGGACGACACCAAAGGAUGGCAGCCUCGAGGCUGGUGCUGUCGCUGCUGGUCACAGCUCUCCUGCUGCACGUGGCCACCACGCUGAAGAUCGGCUCCUUCAACAUCAAAGCGUUUGGGGAUGCCAAGAUGUCCAACCAGACCGUGGCAAAUAUCAUCGUCUCUAUCCUGUCGGAGUACGACAUAGUUCUGGUGCAGGAGGUCCGGGAUGCCGACCUGAGUUCUGUGCAUGACCUCAUGGACCAGCUCAACAGAGCUGGGGAGCACCCAUACAGCUUUUUGGUCAGCAUCCCCCUGGGUCGGACCAGCUACAAGGAGCAGUACCUCUUCAUCUACAGGUCAGACAUGGUGUCUGUACUGGGAAGUUACUACUAUGAUGAUGGCUGUGAACCCUGUGGGAAUGACACCUUCAGCAGGGAGCCCUUCAUUGUGAAGUUCUCCUCACCCACCACACAGGUACAGGAGUUCGUGUUGGUGCCUCUGCAUUCCGAGCCCAGCCAUGCAGCACAGGAGAUCGAUGCACUCUAUGAUGUCUACACUGAUGUCAUCAACAAGUGGGGGACUAAUGACAUAAUCCUCCUGGGUGAUUUCAACGCUGACUGCUCCUACGUGACCAGCUCCCAGUGGCCGUCCAUCCGCCUGCGCUCGCUCCGCGCCUGCGAGUGGCUCAUCCCCGACAGCGCCGACACCACCGUGGCCGACACCACCGACUGCGCCUACGACCGCAUCGUCGCCUGCGGCACCGCCCUGCGCCAAGACAUUGAACCCGGCUCUGCCACCGUCAACAACUUCGAGAAGAAAUUCCACCUCCAGAUCAAGGAUGCUUUGGCUGUCAGUGACCAUUUCCCAGUGGAGGUGACUCUGAAAGCUCGCUGAGCCUGUCCCUGCACCAGCAGCCACCAGGAUCCCUCAGCACACACCUGCAUCCUUCGUGGGAGCCCACGCACUACUGCUGCCAGCCAAGCUGCCCACUGCCUUUGCAAGGAGUUCUUGGGCUCUUGUGGAAGUGUUAUGCUUUCUGUGUCCAUUAAAAAUGAGCAUUUUCCUGCCUCUGCA